AUGGAAAUCACUAAUAAUGAAAGUUUUUGUGAUCAUUAUAAAAACUCGAGUGCUGGUUUCCUUGAUACAGGAGAUUUAGCACUUUAUCAAGGUUUUUGGGUCUCUGCCGAAGCAUUAGAAAAUAUAAAGGAUUUUCAGCAGAAUUUUAAUGCUUUGGAUACUGAUAUACUAGUAGGCUCUCACCCUAAAUCCGGCACCGUUUGGUUGAAAGCGUUGGCCUUUGCCAUUAUCAACCGUACUCGUUACCCUUUCUUUUCUUCUUCCCAUCACCACCCUUUGCUUACAAUUUCACCUCAUGACCUUGUUCCUUUCGUCGAGUUCAAACACGUUUAUCCAUCUUGUAGUCUCCUGGAUUUCACUAAAGGUAGUUGCCAUAGUGGCGACGUUUCUACAUGCAGAGUUAUAGAUACCCAUAUCCCAUACACUUCUUUACCCGAAUCUAUUAAUAAUAAGGCAAUAAAUUGCAAGAUUGUUUAUAUAUGCAGAAAUCCUCAAGACACUUUCGUCUCUCUCUGGCAUUUUAUUAACAAAAUGAGGGCAUUGCCGGGGAGCAAUAUUAAGAGUACCCCUGCAUUAACGAGCACGAAAAAGAGUACCCCUCUGUCAAUCGAAGAUGCUUUCAGAUUAUUCCAUGAUGGAGUUUCAGUUUUUGGUCCGUAUUGGGAACAUGUUCUUGGAUAUUGGAAAGCGAGCUUAGAGAGGCCUCGUGAAGUGUUGUUUUUAAAGUAUGAAAAUUUGAAAAAAGAUCCGGAACCCCAAUUGAAGAAACUCGCAGCAUUCUUGGGUUAUAGUUAUUCAAUAGAAGAAGAGAGUCAAGGAGUGAUCAAGGAAAUAUUAAGUUUAUGCAGUUUUCAACGCGAACGUGAACAAAAAUGGAAUGAUUUGGAAUAA